AUGUAUUUUAACUCCCAUGCCUUGCACUCUUUCAGGGAUACAGCUGGUCACGAGAGCUUCAGAAAAACACAUUCAGUGUACUACAAAGGAGCAAUGGGCGUCGUGCUUGCCUAUGACAUCACAGAUGAGGGAUCUUUUGAAAACAUCAAGCUCUUUAUGAGGGACGUGGAUGACCAUGCACCAGCAGAUGUUGAGAAGAUCCUCCUUGGCAAUAAAUGUGAUAUGAAUGACAGAAGGCAGGUGUCCAAAGAGAGAGGAGAGGAGCUUGCAUUAGAGUAUGGGAUCAAGUUCAUGGAGACCAGUGCCAAGUCCAACAUCAAUGUGGAAAAUGCAUUUUUGACUCUGGCCAGAGACAUCAAGACGAAAAUGGACUCAAAAAUGGAAGCCAACCCGUCUCAGAGCAGCAGUCAAGGAGAGCCUCAGGGUAACAGCAGCUGCAGCUUGCUCUGACGAUCCCAGCUUUUGUGGCCUGACAGAAACUGAGCUUUCACUUCCUCGUCCUUU